GAAGUAGAGUCAGGAAGUGGUGUUCAGCUGCAUUUGACAGCGAGGUGUUGAUUAAAAACUCGUUUUCACAGCCACUCGUUGUGGGGAGAAGAAGCUUUUUAACUAGGAAACAUUCCUCAGUGUCCACUCAACUGUUACAGCUCUUCGGUGGAAUAAAAUGGAGGGUCCCCUGCCCAUGUCUGCACUGAGGCUGCUGGUUCCUCCUCUGCGGUUGAUGUCGGCCGUGAUGUGGAAGGUGGUUCACCUGAGGAACGUAAAGCAUUAUGGGAAAGUGGAGGAGUUUGUGUCCUUAGUGACUGAAGCCAUCCCUGACAUCUUGACUAGCAGACAGAUGAGGCUGCUCACUCUGGGCUUAAGAGCAAAGAUGACUUUACAGAUGUUAUGUUCUGAACAGUCAGAGGAUCUCAAAAGUGUUAAAACACACUUGGACAGCCUUCUGCCAACUAGCUCAAGACAGGCUCAUUCAGCAAAUGAAGCUCUUGAGGCCAACUUUGUCAGGCUUGUUCAGAGACUUCUGGAGGACCCUGAAGGGAGAGGACACUUCCUGAAGAAUGUGUUUCCUGUGAAGUAUGGGCCUGACUUUGACACAGCACUGGAGACAGUGGUUUGUGAGUUCUUCACCAGACUGGACGCAAUGCUGCUUAUUCCAGACUUUAAACAGACUGCAAUGUGGAUCAGCGAUGCACCUUCUGUGCCAGAUGAGUACAUGCAGUGUGCAUCCAAAGCAGAUGACUUCAAAGUACUGCUCAGAGGUAUGAUGCAAAGAGGACAAUUGGCCGAGAUGAAUGCCAGUGCCCCCUCCCCAUCAGAGCAGCAGCUCCUCUCAUCGUUAUCCCUCCCUCCUUCGCUGAGGGACACCAACACAUCUUAUCAGACAGAGGAUGAUUGCAGUCCAGAAAAUUGUCCUUUGAGUCCCAAAGAUGGUGAAGUCAGCACAGUAACAUCUGAUAACCAAAGAGAAUCUGACAGGAUUUCCCCUCAGCAGCAAGGAGAUAUGGAGAUACAGGAUGCAAGAUGGACACAGACUCUCAAUCAUUGCAGUGCAGAACAAACAAAAGGAGGCAGUGACAGUAUUCUUGAUGUUCCAAUUGUUGAUCAGGAUAACCAACCUUCUGCCAACUCCCAAGUUCCCUCUACAUCUGCUGAAAGCCUUGUAUUGUCCGGCUCUACGAUUGGCCCUCCACGGCAGAGAGUUGCACAUAAAUGCUCUCAGUGUGGGAAGUGCUUCAUUUACCGUUACGAGCUCCUGGAGCAUCAGAGGCUCCACACCGGAGAAAAUCCUUACAAGUGCUCUCAAUGCGGAAAGGCCUUCAGAAGGACCUCUGAUCUGUCCACUCACAGACGGACACAGUGCACAAAAGCUGCUUAUAUUUGCAUCAAAUGCGGAAACAGCUUUCAAUCCAUACAGGAAAAAUUUAGACACCAGUGUGUUCAUAAUGUCCAAAAGUUUGAUUGUUCUCAUUGCGGGAAAAGCUUUAAGAAAAUGUACUUGCUGGGUAAACAUGAGCUGACUCACACCCAGAACCGGAUCUUUACAUGCAGACAGUGCAGGGAAGUGUAUUCCACUAUGAGUGAACUGAGAGCCCACCAGAAGAUUCAUCCUCCAGAGCUGUCCAAUCAGUGCAUGCAGUGCGGGAAGUUUUUCAGCUCUGUCGCGUGUUUGACAGCCCACGAACUGCGCCACAGACAACAGAGAACACAGAUUUGUGUGCGUUGUGGUAAAGCUUUUAAAAACAAACAUGACCUGAAUCUUCACAUGCGUAGUCACACAGGCGAGAGGCCGUUUCAGUGCACGUAUUGUGGGAAGCGUUUCUCCGUGUCAGGAAAUCUAAACAUACACAUAAGGACCCACACUGGAGAGAAACCCUAUCUAUGCUCUGACUGCGGCAAGGCAUUUGUUUCAGCCGGCGAGCUGCAGAUACACAGACGCACCCAUACGGGCGAAAAGCCGUACAAAUGCACCGUAUGUGGGAGAGGAUUCACCAUGGCGAGCAAAGUGACACUUCAUAUGCGUGUGCACACCGGGGAACGGCCGUAUGUCUGCUCUGAAUGUGGGAAAGGAUUUUCACGUGGCAGCGAAUUGAAAAAACAUACCAUGAACCAUACAGGGGUUCGACCCUACGCUUGUCAGUUGUGUGCAAAGACUUACACGUGCCUCAAUCACCUGAAGAGGCACUUAAAAUCUCACAGUGUGAUCCAAACAUAGCCGGUCUGAUUCUGUUGAUUUCCAUAUGACUCGUUCUCAAAUGAAUGUUAUAUUUACGUAACUAGCCUGUACUGAUUGUGGUGUUGACCGUAUGCAGUGUAAUGAGUUUAGCACUCAACUUCUCUUUUCAGGACUGUGUUGCAAAAGUUGUUGUUUUUACUGACUGAUUGUUUUCCCUGUUUUGUUAGAUCUGUUCAAAGUACAAGCUCUUUAAGUGCGAUUGUUGGGCCUGACUUAUAAGUGUGUAAUAUUUCUCUAAUGUCCUAAACCUUAUGUUAAAAUAGUCUCUGAGGAAAGGUUCUCCUCGUGCCUACAUUUCUACUGUCAGUGAAUACACUUAAUUCCUCCAAGAGUUAACAUUA